AUGCAAGAGCAGGAUGAGCAUGUGGUUGUAUCAACAGAUUCUGAUGAGUUGGUAUCCUUGGGAUACAGAAAUGGUCCAACUGGAGUCAAAUCACUUCCAGCACAAGUAAAUAAAAGAUGUGACAACCUUGGUAUGCCACUCUUGCAAACAACAUUUCCAGCUUCUGUAUCCAUAGCUGAACUGCUGAAAGCUGGAAAAUUAGUGAAACCCACAAAUAAAAACAAAGUUAAACUUACGUUCGAAGAAUUUGAUGUACAAAAUCAAGAAUGGCAAGAUGUGAUGGAACAAGAUGUAUUUGUAGAAACAGAGGUUUUCCUCAGGUGCCGAUUUCGAGAUGCUUUUCGAGCAACUAGCAAAACUGGUGGAACUCAGUGCCAGUGGGUUGUAAAGACAUACAACCACGAAGCAGUUGAUGCAAUUGUAGUCCAAUUAAGUUCUUCAAUUGAAGAUCACGCUAGAAAACAAGUGCAAAUGCAUGCCGUGGCAAGGCAUAUUGCCAAAAAAUUUGCCUUGAAAGCCCCUAGUGAGUUUGGAUCAUGUCAGAGGCGCUGGAGAAUCGAUAAUUGGGGGCAGAUAUUCAUAUAUUCGUGUUCUGCCCAAUUAAUUUCUUUUGAAAUCGAUUGUUUUUACAGUCUGUGAACACGAAUAUAUGAAUAUCUGCCCCCGCUAUUAUCGAUUCUCCGGCGCCUCUGGAUCAUGUUUUAAAUAUAACCAUUGUUAUUACACAACAUACAACGACAGACCAGCCACUAUAGAGGAGUAUGUUCCGGGUUCCUUUGUUAAGUACAUCAACAACGAUGGGAAGUGCAGAUAUCCUCAUGAUGGAUGCAGUGAUGAGUACAAAGAGCUGUUUGAAAAGGCACAAUGCUUAGUCCACUACAGCUACGAUAUAUCAGAGAAGAAGCUUAUGUUGCUUGACAUACAAGGGUCAAAAUUAGAUCUUUAUGAUCCUGAAAUUGCCACAGCUAAUAUCAUGGAUGAGGAGAGUAGUGAACUCUACUUCUGUUGUGGUAAUUGCACAUCUGUUGGAAUAGAAGAGUUUUUAAAAGGACACACAUGCAAUGAUUACUGCAAAAUGAUGGGGUUGCCUGAUCAGUAA